UACUCCUGGCCUCUGGGGCUAAUUUUCCAUAGAAUGUAAUGAAAAAGGUUUAGAAUCUGCAUAAACUUAUUCCUGGUCAAGCUUGAUAUUGACAUGAAAUUUUAAUCCUUUUACCUUUGCCUUUGCCCAAGAGCCUUAGUAUUUGCCUUGAUCAUUUAUCAAAAGAAGAUAGGUCCUUGUGUACGUAUUGAAAGCCAUCCUCCUGGUCGCGUUGUUACAUGACAAUCCAGCAGUCAGGACUGUCAUGCGUGAGUCGAGGACAAGAACGUUCUAAAGCGAGAAAAGUCAAAAACCUUAAUUAAGCAGAUCUAUCCCGGCCAGAUUGCAACAAGUUUCAAGUGUUGCAAUGUCGUUGAAGAAUGCACUUUUGGUGGGAGCCUCGGGUGAGACCGGCCAAGAGGUCCUCAAACAACUCCAGCUCUCGCCUCAAUUCGCCAAAAUCAUCCUCAUCGGUCGACGGAACCUGGACUUGAGUGAUGCCAGCAAGGUGGAGCAAAGGGUCAUUGACUUUGACGACAUCGACAGCCACAGCGAGGCCUUUCAAGGGGCGGAUAUCGGUUUCUGUUGCUUGGGGACUACCCGGGGCAAGGCGGGCAAGGAAGGAUUUAUCAAAGUGGAUCGUGAUUACGUGUUGAACUCGGCCCAGAAGGCUUUGGCGGGUGGAUGUCGAGAUUUUCAUUUGGUCUCUUCUCAGGGAGCCAAUGCCAGUUCCAUGUUCCUGUAUACUCAAAUCAAAGGCCAAGUGGAUGAAGCCCUCCAAGGUAUAGAUUUCCACCGGGUGUCCAUCUAUCGACCGGGGCUACUUAUGUGCGAUCGAACCGAAUCCCGAUGGGGUGAGCGAAUCGCUCGAAGCAUCUCCUCGGUGGUGGAUAAAUCUCAUCGAUUCUCGAUCCCCACGACGGUCUUGGCGCAAGCUAUUGUCGCUAACAGCCUUCAUCCGAUUGAUCAAAAAUCUGAGAUUCUCGAGCACGCCGACAUCACCAAAAAGGCCAAGUGAGGACAGAUAUGCAGGGUAUAAUUGGAUGUCUAGGACUUAAAUAUGUUUCAUCUUUAUGAUCUAUGUAUCUAUGUAUUAUUAGUAAUAAACAGAAUGCCCAUUUUUUAAGGAAAAGAAAAAA